UCAGCUGGAGCUGGGUCCUGCUGUGAGCACUGUGGCUGCCCCCCUGCUGCUGUCCCCAAGGUGGUGCCUGCUCUGCUCCAGCCACUAUCACAUCAGGCUUAUGCAGCUGCUUGGACUCUUCAGCCUCCUAUGGAUGCUCAGGGCCUCUCCAGGGGCCACAGGAACUUCAUCCAUGGCCACAUCCACCUCUAAUGCUCUUUUCCCCAGUAAAGAAGCAGCCCACACUGCUCUUAGCAACUCCCCACCAUCCAAACGCACAGCAGAGUGGCUGCUCAGCAACCCCAAAACUACUUCUCUCACUCCUGGCAGUAGGCAAAACACACCUAUGAUUCUCAACACCUCCCCCCACUUUAAACCCAUUUCUGAAACAUUGCUCAACUCUUCAAUUAAUUCCAACACCUCAACAAUCCCGACAUCCAAGUUUGUCGUCAAGGUGGAAACCACUCCGCCUACCCUAAUUGUCUAUAUGGGAACUACAGAGUGCAUCAAUCCAACUAGUCUUCUAAUCACCACCACUUAUCCCACCACCACCUGCAUGACAAUGACCCAAGUGUCCUUCACUAGUUCUUACACAACCACGGCUGUGACAGGGAAGCCAGGGACAACCAUCACCAGUACUUACCCCAAGACUACCAGUGAGAGAGGCACCUCCACCACAACCACUUCUACUACCACCACUCCAGGGAAAACUACCACAACCAUGGCCCCAACCUCUUCCUCCAACCCAACCACACUCACAACCCUCCAUACACUGAUCUCCUCUACAACAGGUACCACGGAAAGGACUAUGCCAACCACUGCAAGUAUCCAUACAACCAAAUCUCCUAUGCCAACAAUCACUCCUACCAAUGCUACGCUGCCUUCUCUAACCCCUACAAAAACUCAGUUAACAACAGUAACUGAUAGAAGCUCCUCACCUACCCUCAGGACUACCUUCAUUACAACCACACCAUCAUUUCCCAAAACCACCAGUACAUAUAAAACAUCGAAAGCCACUACUCAUGCUCCUACGAAAACCAAUACAUUACCAACAUCAGUUGUAUCAGCUUCUACAGAAGCAACCACUGAACUAGGUACACCACCAACAACUCCUUUAAGCACAGUGACCUCCACUGAAACAUUUACUCCAGUGAGUGACACUACAGCAGAAAGUCAGAUGACAGCAAUUACCGCAACAUCUCUAACCAUGUCUUCAAUCACUCCCACAAACACUAUGACUUCUGCCGAAUGGACCACGUAUGAAUCCAGCCCCACACCAACUACAAAACACACACACCCAACAUCCAUAACAAUAGGACCACCCCCUAGCACUGUAGCCACUACACAAACAGGCAAAACGACAGACAAAACCUCUCAAGUCACACCUACCUGGAAAACCACACCUACCCCUACAAGUGACACGUCCACAGAGUCCCUAACAACAGAGAUAACUUCUAUUCCCCCAGUAACAUCCUCCAUCACUCCCACACAUGCACUUAGUUCUCCGACAGUCAUCACCUCCACUCCAGUGACAACCAGUACCUUCACACCAACCACCAGUGGGCUUCCCAGUCCUACUUCUGUUUCUACCCCACAACCGGCUACCACUUCGACCACAGAGAUCACCCCGGUAUCCACCUUGAUUACCUCACUCCCUACUGCCACCAUUACAUCAACCCCUACAUCUCCCACUAGCGCUGUCACCACCGCCACGACCAAAAUCACCACUUCCGUUGCCACUUCAACGCCUGCCACCUCAAUCACGGCAAGUUCAACCACUGCCUCCACUACACAAACGUCCACAACUGAUACCACUGACAUGGCAACUAGUCCCACCCCAACUGCGGCUCAAACUACUUCUUCAAGCAGCGUCUCCACAGGAAGCUCAUCCACAUCCGCAGUAACCCCAUCUCCUUCUGCUUCUCAUACCAUGCACACAUCGGCCACCAUAACACCGUCUCCUGUUAGUACAGAAAUCCCUACCACCACCCCAACAACGAUCACUGCCACAUCUGUGAGUACCACAGGCUCACUGAGUACCACCACCGAUCUCACGUCAACACUCACCCCUUCGAGUGCAUCCGCUACCCCCACAAAUAUCAUCACAUCAUCCCCCACCUCCUACAAUACGGAAACAACAUCCAUUGGCACCACUACCUCUGCCACGACAGCUACUAUGACACCCACGCUCACAGGCACCCACAGCACUCCAACUCCCUCCCACCCUACAAGCAGCUCCAUGACAUCAGCAGGCUCCACACCUACCAGCAGUAUCGGGGCCACUCAGACAGGCAGUCCCACUUCAACUCCAACGAGCACCAAUUCACAAAGCACAACCACCAUAUCCACCCUGGCAUCUACUACGAGCGUCACAUACACGACAGCCGCAACCACAGAAACGAGUUCCUCCACGGUAGCCACUACACAAACAGGCAAGACGACGGGUACACCCUCUCAUGCCACAUCUACCUGGAGAACCACAGGUACCAGUGACACCUCCACAGAGUCCCACACAACAGGGACGACGACUUCUACUCCACCGGUGACAUCCUCCGUCACUCCCACAGAUACAGUCAGUUCUCCGACAUUCACCACCUCCACUCCAGUGACCACCAGUACCUUCACACCAACCACCAGUGGGCUUUCCAGUCCUACUUCUGUUUCUACCCCACAACCGGCUACCACUUCGACCACAGAGAUCACCCCGGUAUCCACCUUGAUUACCUCACUCCCUACUGCCACCAUUACAUCAACCCCUACAUCUCCCACUAGCGCUGUCACCACCGCCACGACCAAAAUCACCACUUCCAUUGCCACUUCAACGCCUGCCACCUCAAUCACGGCAAGUUCAACCACUGCCUCCACUACACAAACGUCCACAACUGAUACCACUGACAUGGCAACUAGUCCCACCCCAACUGCGGCUCAAACUACUUCUUCAAGCAGCGUCUCCACAGGAAGCUCAUCCACAUCCGCAAUAACCCCAUCUCCUUCUGCUUCUCAUACCAUGCACACAUCGGCCACCAUAACACCGUCUCCUGUUAGUACAGAAAUCCCUACCACCACCCCAACAACGAUCACUGCCACAUCUGUGAGUACCACAGGCUCACUGAGUACCACCACCGAUCUCACGUCAACACUCACCCCUUCGAGUGCAUCCGCUACCCCCACAAAUAUCAUCACAUCAUCCCCCACCUCCUACAAUACGGAAACAACAUCCAUUGGCACCACUACCUCUGCCACGACAGCUACUAUGACACCCACGCUCACAGGCACCCACAGCACUCCAACUCCCUCCCACCCUACAAGCAGCUCCAUGACAUCAGCAGGCUCCACACCUACCAGCAGUAUUGGGACCACUCAGACAGCCAGUCCCACUUCAACUCCAACGAGCACCAAUUCACAAAGCACAACCACCACAUCCACCCUGGCAUCUACUACGAGCGUCACAUACACGACAGCCGCAACCACAGAAACGAGUUCCUCCACGGUAGCCACUACACAAACAGGCAAGACGACGGGUACACCCUCUCAUGCCACAUCUACCUGGAGAACCACAGGUACCAGUGACACCUCCACAGAGUCCCACACAACAGGGACGACUUCUACUCCACCGGUGACAUCCUCCGUCACUCCCACAGAUACAGUCAGUUCUCCGACAUUCACCACCUCCACUCCAGUGACCACCAGUACCUUCACACCAACCACCAGUGGGCUUUCCAGUCCUACUUCUGUUUCUACCCCACAACCGGCUACCACUUCGACCACAGAGAUCACCCCGGUAUCCACCUUGAUUACCUCACUCCCUACUGCCACCAUUACAUCAACCCCUACAUCUCCCACUAGCGCUGUCACCACCGCCACGACCAAAAUCACCACUUCCGUUGCCACUUCAACGCCUGCCACCUCAAUCACGGCAAGUUCAACCACUGCCUCCACUACACAAACGUCCACAACUGAUACCACUGACAUGGCAAUUAGUCCCACCCCAACUGCGGCUCAAACUACUUCUUCAAGCAGCGUCUCCACAGGAAGCUCAUCCACAUCCGCAAUAACCCCAUCUCCUUCUGCUUCUCAUACCAUGCACACAUCGGCCACCAUAACACCGUCUCCUGUUAGUACAGAAAUCCCUACCACCACCCCAACAACGAUCACUGCCACAUCUGUGAGUACCACAGGUUCACUGAGUACCACCACCGAUCUCACGUCAACACUCACCCCUUCGAGUGCAUCCGCUACCCCCACAAAUAUCAUCACAUCAUCCCCCACCUCCUACAAUACGGAAACAACAUCCAUUGGCACCACUACCUCUGCCACGACAGCUACUAUGACACCCACGCUCACAGGCACCCACAGCACUCCAACUCCCUCCCACCCUACAAGCAGCUCCAUGACAUCAGCAGGCUCCACACCUACCAGCAGUAUUGGGACCACUCAGACAGCCAGUCCCACUUCAACUCCAACGAGCACCAAUUCACAAAGCACAACCACCACAUCCACCCUGGCAUCUACUACGAGCGUCACAUACACGACAGCCACAACCACAGAAACGAGUUCCUCCACGGUAGCCACUACACAAACAGGCAAGACGACGGGUACACCCUCUUAUGCCACAUCUACCUGGAGAACCACAGGUACCAGUGACACCUCCACAGAGUCCCACACAACAGGGACGACUUCUACUCCACCGGUGACAUCCUCCGUCACUCCCACAGAUACAGUCAGUUCUCCGACAUUCACCACCUCCACUCCAGUGACCACCACUACCUUCACACCAACCACCAGUGGGCUUCCCAGUCCUACUUCUGUUUCUACCCCACAACCGGCUACCACUUCGACCACAGAGAUCACCCCGGUAUCCACCUUGAUUACCUCACUCCCUACUGCCACCAUUACAUCAACCCCUACAUCUCCCACUAGCGCUGUCACCACCGCCACGACCAAAAUCACCACUUCCGUUGCCACUUCAACGCCUGCCACCUCAAUCACGGCAAGUUCAACCACUGCCUCCACUACACAAACGUCCACAACUGAUACCACUGUCAUGGCAAUUAGUCCCACCCCAACUGCGGCUCAAACUACUUCUUCAAGCAGCGUCUCCACAGGAAGCUCAUCCACAUCCGCAGUAACCCCAUCUCCUUCUGCUUCUCAUACCAUGCACACAUCGGCCACCAUAACACCGUCUCCUGUUAGUACAGAAAUCCCUACCACCACCCCAACAACGAUCACUGCCACAUCUGUGAGUACCACAGGUUCACUGAGUACCACCACCGAUCUCACGUCAACACUCACCCCUUCGAGUGCAUCCGCUACCCCCACAAAUAUCAUCACAUCAUCCCCCACCUCCUACAAUACGGAAACAACAUCCAUUGGCACCACUACCUCUGCCACGACAGCUACUAUGACACCCACGCUCACAGGCACCCACAGCACUCCAACUCCCUCCCACCCUACAAGCAGCUCCAUGACAUCAGCAGGCUCCACACCUACCAGCAGUAUUGGGACCACUCAGACAGGCAGUCCCACUUCAACUCCAACGAGCACCAAUUCACAAAGCACAACCACCACAUCCACCCUGGCAUCUACUACGAGCGUCACAUACACGACAGCCACAACCACAGAAACGAGUUCCUCCACGGUAGCCACUACACAAACAGGCAAGACGACGGGUACACCCUCUCAUGCCACAUCUACCUGGUGAACCACAGGUACCAGUGACACCUCCACAGAGUCCCACACAACAGGGACGACUUCUACUCCACCGGUGACAUCCUCCGUCACUCCCACAGAUACAGUCAGUUCUCCGACAUUCACCACCUCCACUCCAGUGACCACCACUACCUUCACACCAACCACCAGUGGGCUUCCCAGUCCUACUUCUGUUUCUACCCCACAACCGGCUACCACUUCGACCACAGAGAUCACCCCGGUAUCCACCUUGAUUACCUCACUCCCUACUGCCACCAUUACAUCAACCCCUACAUCUCCCACUAGCGCUGUCACCACCGCCACGACCAAAAUCACCACUUCCGUUGCCACUUCAACGCCUGCCACCUCAAUCACGGCAAGUUCAACCACUGCCUCCACUACACAAACGUCCACAACUGAUACCACUGUCAUGUACAGAAAUCCCUACCACCACCCCAACAACGAUCACUGCCACAUCUGUGAGUACCACAGGCUCACUGAGUACCACCACCGAUCUCACGUCAACACUCACCCCUUCGAGUGCAUCCGCUACCCCCACAAAUAUCAUCACAUCAUCCCCCACCUCCUACAAUACGGAAACAACAUCCUUUGGCACCACUACCUCUGCCACGACAGCUACUAUGACACCCACGCUCACAGGCACCCACAGCACUCCAACUCCCUCCCACCCUACAAGCAGCUCCAUGACAUCAGCAGGCUCCACACCUACCAGCAGUAUUGGGACCACUCAGACAGCCAGUCCCACUUCAACUCCAACGAGCACCAAUUCACAAAGCACAACCACCACAUCCACCCUGGCAUCUACUACGAGCGUCACAUACACGACAGCCGCAACCACAGAAACGAGUUCCUCCACGGAAGCCACUACACAAACAGGCAAGACGACGGGUACACCCUCUCAUGCCACAUCUACCUGGAGAACCACAGAUACAGUCAGUUCUCCGACAUUCACCACCUCCACUCCAGUGACCACCACUACCUUCACACCAACCACCAGUGGGCUUCCCAGUCCUACUUCUGUUUCUACCCCACAACCGGCUACCACUUCGACCACAGAGAUCACCCCGCGCUGUCACCACCGCCACGACCAAAAUCACCACUUCCGUUGCCACUUCAACGCCUGCCACCUCAAUCACGAAAUCCCUACCACCACCCCAACAACGAUCACUGCCACAUCUGUGAGUACCACAGGCUCACUGAGUACCACCACCGAUCUCACGUCAACACUCACCCCUUCGAGUGCAUCCGCUACCCCCACAAAUAUCAUCACAUCAUCCCCCACCUCCUACAAUACGGAAACAACAUCCUUUGGCACCACUACCUCUGCCACGACAGCUACUAUGACACCCACGCUCACAGGCACCCACAGCACUCCAACUCCCUCCCACCCUACAAGCAGCUCCAUGACAUCAGCAGGCUCCACACCUACCAGCAGUAUUGGGACCACUCAGACAGCCAGUCCCACUUCAACUCCAACGAGCACCAAUUCACAAAGCACAACCACCACAUCCACCCUGGCAUCUACUACGAGCGUCACAUACACGACAGCCGCAACCACAGAAACGAGUUCCUCCACGGAAGCCACUACACAAACAGGCAAGACGACGGGUACACCCUCUCAUGCCACAUCUACCUGGAGAACCACAGAUACAGUCAGUUCUCCGACAUUCACCACCUCCACUCCAGUGACCACCAGUACCUUCACGAUCACCACCAGUGGGCUUCCCAAUCCUACUUCUGUUUCUACCCCACAACCGGCUACCACUUCGACCACAGAGAUCACCCCGGUGUCCACCUUGAUUACCUCACUCCCUACUGCCACCAUUACAUCAACCCCUACAUCUCCCACUAG